AAAACGUGCGGUAAAUGCGCCUCAACUCUGCUCCCCGCCGUAUAUAUAGCACCCUGCAUCGCUGCUCAACAUCCUCAUCGCCAUCAGCUCACGCUCACAGUCUCACACUCGCCCAGAGUCCAGAGACAAGCAGUAGGCCAGGGCAGCUAAUCGACCAAGGCUAGCACGUCGUGCCCGGCUCCGGCGGGAGGAGGAUCGAUGGCGUUCAUGCGGUACCGUGCGCUGCCGCAGGGGGAGGUGACGGCGGAGGAGUUCUGGGCGUGGCUGGGGCAGUUCGACGCGGACCACGACGGCCGGAUCAGCCGGGACGAGCUGCAGCGCGCGCUGCGGAGCCUCAACCUGUGGUUCGCGUCGUGGAAGGCGCGGGAAGGGGUGCAGGCCGCGGACGCCAACCGUGACGGCACCGUCGGCAAGGAGGAGGCCGGCCGGCUCUUCGCCUACGCGCAGAGGCAGCUCGGCGGCAAGAUCACGCAGCUCGGCUCCUACUGAUCAGGCUGCGCACGAGAUGAUUUGCUGAUGUGACUGUGAUGGUGGGACGUACUCAUAUCAGCUUCGGACACGCGGCUGUGGGGAGUAUGAGAUUUUUUCUUUUUCUUUUUUCGAAUGAUGUGGAGUAUGAGAUGGAUGUUCAUGUUUUCGGAGUUCUUGGGGUAACCUUUGAAGUGGUUUCCCAAGGGUUUCCUACUUUGUAUUUUCAGCACUGUGAACUCUGUGGAGAUUUGCAGAGUUGUUAGAGAUGAUGUAAUUUUCUCCAAGCUCUGUUGAUUAUUUUGCUUAUAUUUUGCCUGUUGAGUGUUGAAAAAUACGUCGGUGCAUUUCCUGUAUAAAAUAUAAAUAAACACAUCCUUUGCAAGAAUUUUUAUCAUUUUAUUCUAAUACUUGCAUAAUGUGACUCCAGACUGAAAUUAAGAAACCACGACAAACUGAAAUUAAGAAACCACGACAAUCUUUAGUUAACCGAGCACUCUUCAUUCAGAUCCAAGUCUUUAGUAUCAGAGCUAUUGACAACGUCUCUAACUCAUAGAGGACCAUUGAUAAUAUUCGACGGAGUAAACUGACU